AUGAGGAAGAACCUGGACCCCUUUACCCAGCACUCAGACGAGCAGCUGUGGACGGCGCUGGAGGAGGUGCAGCUGAAGGCGGUGGUGGAGGAGCUCCCUGGGCGCCUGGACACUCUUCUGGCAGAGUCCGGCUCUAACUUCAGUGUGGGCCAGCGGCAGCUCGUGUGUUUGGCUCGUGCUGUUCUGAGGAAGAACCGCAUCCUGGUCAUAGACGAAGCCACUGCUAACGUCGACCCCAGGACGGAUGAACUGAUCCAGCAGACGAUCAGAGACAAGUUUAAAGAUUGUACGGUCAUCACCAUCGCUCACCGCCUCAACACCAUCAUCGACAGCGACCGCAUCCUGGUUCUCGACGCUGGUAGAAUCAGUGCAUACGACGAGCCAUACACCCUGUUGCAGGACAAACAGGGCAUUUUCUACAAAAUGGUUCAGCAGACGGGGAAACAAGAAGCAGUUUCUCUGCUAGAAUUAGCUAAAAAGGCCUACAACAACAGGAGUCGUUCCAAUACUUCAAACGGCCAUCUAGAGAACGAGUGUGAGAAGAGCCUCAUCAUCUGUGAAACCGCUCUGUAG